UUUAAACUCAUGCACCUCUCGUGUGUGACGUUUUGUCUCUACGAUAGAAUCGUAAUAACUACCAGGGAUUCGAUCAUCAAUUUCAUUCGAACCUCCAACGCGGAAGCACGUGCUUUCAGCACGACCUCGAGCUCUGGGAAUUGUUUCGGAAUCAACUUCGUAGCUGUUACAAUGGUUCUAAAGUGUAAAUGACUAGUUAUGAUAUUAUAGUCAUUAGAACAAUUUUCUAAACUACAGAAUAAGAGCAAAAACAAAAUAAAUCUUUUUUCUAAUCUAUUGUUUUAUUAAUUUUUUUUUUUCAACGUCUAGUUCACACGUUUUUUUAUGAUCACAAAUAAUUAUUUUUGUCAACGCCGGAAGUGCUGUGAUUGUUCUCGAGUGCCUAUUGAAGUGUUUUUCUCAUUAAAUUCAUGAAAAUUGUCGCUGUUAAUCAUUUAAAUUUUAUUGUUGAGUAAUGUUUUAAAGAAGAAAGGCCAAAUUUUUUUGAAUUUCUUAUUAAGAUUAGAAAUUUUUUUUUCUGUGAAAUGAAUUGAAUGUAUAAUAAUAAAAUCUAAAUAUUUUACAAACAUCUCAUAAACGAUAGUCAUUUAUAGUGACAUGUAAAUUGCAAAUCCUUGAUCUAUUUUAUUUCUUAUGGUCACGACAACACGUGACAAGUUGUGAGAAUAAGUGUAAUAAAUGUAACAAACUAACAUAGUUCUCGUGUGGUUAAAUAAACGUAUAGUUUGUGCGUGUUAAUUUUAUUAAUUAUAAACUAUAAAAAAAUACGAUAAUGAGAUUGCUUCAGGUAUUUUUAUUGGUACUCUUGGUGAAUGUCGCGAGGGGUAGUUGGCAGCAACCCUGUGGCUCUUAUGGAUGUCCCUAUCAACCUCAUUACGAGCCCUUCGUUCCUGCACCACCAGGCCGUACGCCUCGAUGCGCCAAGCCUGGACAAACUUUCUGCGAAACUCUUGAUCAUUAUCCACAGCAGUUAAUAAAAUACCUGGUUGACAAGUGCAGCUAUAAUUUUGCAACCAUACUGAGGGAUGAAGCCCAAUAUGAUUUCAAUGCUGUUACAACAAGACCUGAUUAUACUAAUGGUUAUAAUUAUCCAAGACCGCAAGUGCCACAUUCUUUUCAGCAACCUGUUACUUUUUUACCACCACACUAUCCGUUUACUAGUCAACCACUUGCACCUUAUCCAUCGUCCAACACUACUGAACGAGGGUAUACGUAUUCACUUCCAUCAGAAACACAUCAGAGAAAUCCAUUUCUGCCAGAUGCUAUUCCAACUUAUCAGACCGAGUCAAGUACUCUACAGGUUCAUCAAAUAAAUCAUCGUGCUCCAACCUGGUGGGCGACGAGGUCCAUUCAUCGUAGUAGCGCAGGUCCACCCCCGCGAACUCGUCGGGAGAAUCCACUUCUCGAAUUCCAAAAGAGAAAUUUAAGAAAAAGACAAGCAAGUCCCGAAGCUAUUUCUCUUUGUAAAACUAAUUCUAAAUAUCUGACGCCAAAAGCAGCUCUCAAUAACAGAGGAAAUUGGAUGUAUGUUGUAAAUCUCCCUGAAACCAAUGAAAAUUAUUCUCAGUUAGUUAGAACUGAAGUUUGUGCAGUGACACAGUGUGAUGGUAUAUGCAGCAUACCAGAAGGAUAUACGAGUAGAUGUGAGCAGCAAUAUGUACAAAAAAGAUUAGUAGCAUUAGAAGGGAGUGGAGAUCGUCUUUAUACUGAUGUCUUUUGGUUUCCGCACGGAUGUACCUGUCAAAUAUUGCCGAACUUCUAGAGUCCAGAGCCGGAAGAAGAAAAUUAGUCUGGAUAAAAUGUACUUCUAAGUAGAAUAUUCUACAUUUGAUUUUUUUUUUAUUUAUUAAAUUAUUCUCCAGCUUGUAGAGGAUACUUCCGGUCGUUUACAUAGUCUCAAUAAUUCUUGUAAAGAUAUUGUAUUAAGGUCUGACAGUGCAAUGACUCGUCGAUUGUUGGCUAAAGAGAAAGGUGUAGAGCGGAAGAUGAAUAAUGCAUAAACGAUGACACAAAACCGGUUGUUCUUGUACUGGCUCAAAUUAUUUUUACUGGUCAUUCUAUUGUUAAUUUUUAUCGUGUUGAUGUUUUUAUCAAAUAUUGCUGACUCAACGGUUCCCAUGUAGAAAGAGUUGUUGCAAUUCGUGUAGUAUAAGAACCCCUCAUAUUGAGAAGAUGAGAAAUGAAUUAUCAUUAAUCAUAUUUUUCCUAUUCAGUUGAUUUUUUUUUCUCUUUUUCUCAAUGGGUAUAAUAGAAAUGCAGGACAAGCUUAUAGAGAUAAAUCGAAUCGUUUAUGUCAAACUGUGUGUUAGAGUAGAGAUCAAAGAUUUGAGAAAAAAUAUUAUUUUGUGAUUGAUCAAUGAAACGCUAGAUGUCGACGGUGAUUCUUCAUGCACAUUGCUCCUCUUGUCACAAAUUGAAAUAAUAAUAAUUGCUCCUCUUGAUAAAGAAUUUAAAUCAUUUGUUUAUUUAUGUUAAUUUAACAACA